AUGAAUGAUGGUAGACAGAUGGGGAUGCAUUAUGUAGACGCAGGGUUCCCUUAUGCUGUUAAUGAAAACUUCGUGGAUUUCUUUCAAGGAUUCACUCAUGUGCCAGUCAAUUAUGCCUUUGCUGGCUCAAUGCCUGAUCAGGAAAGUGUCUACUGGUCAAUGAACAUGAAUCCCUAUAAAUUUGGAUUGUCUGGCCCUGGAAGUACAUCUUACUAUAGUUCUUACGAGGUAAAUGGUCAUCUGCCAAGAAUGGAGAUUGAUAGGGCUGAGUGGGAAUACCCUUCAACAAUUACCACUGUGGAACCACCUACAACAGAUUCUCCGCCUAGAAGAGAUGGAGUCACUAGCAUGCAGACCAUCCCUGAAGAAUGCAGUCCAAAUCAUCAUGAGUCCAAUAGUAGUAGCCAGGUCAUAUGGCAAGACAACAUCGAUCCUGAUAAUAUGACUUAUGAGGAACUACUGGACCUGGGGGAGGCAGUUGGGACUCAGAGCCGAGGUCUUUCACAAGAACUUAUUGAUAUGCUUCCAACCUCGAAGUACAAAUUUGGUAGCUUAUUCAAAAGAAAAAAUUCUGGGAAAAGGUGUGUAAUUUGUCAGAUGACAUACAGAAGAGGUGACCAACAAAUGAAAUUGCCAUGCAGCCAUAUGUAUCACGGUGAAUGCAUCACCAAGUGGCUCAGUAUUAACAAGAAAUGUCCUGUGUGCAACACUGAGGUUUUUGGAGAGGAAUCAACGCAGUAG